AUGGGGCGUCGCAGGAUCGCUUAUGCAUUCAACUACGACGCCCCGACGGCAGGUCUGCCGAGGCAGACCACCACAACCAUGGGGUUGCUCCAAGGUCCACUCUGCGGAGCAACCCGCAUGGUACACCGCCCUCCGAAGAGGGCCACCUUCCACCACCCACCGAAGUGGGCAACCUCCCUCAUGGAAAAAGAAGCUUACGAGUCCUACGAGUAUCUACAAGAAAAUAAUGAAGAUAAUGAGGAAAACCAGUUUAUCGUUGUUCAAGAUGACGGCACAAUUCUUAGUGUGAACAGACCAAUUCAGUAUGUCACUCAGGUGCAAGAUGUCAAAGAAGCUUUAGAUCAUGCCCAAGCCAAUAUUGUUUAUGAUGUUACUCCUCAGCAAUUUUAUGUUAAUGUAGAUAAUUCUUCUGAACUUGUUUCCGUAACUGAUCAGUUUAUAUUACCAGAGGGUGAAAAUAACAUGUAUGCUAACAGUUUCUUAAUACAAGCUGUAGAAAAUGACGAGGAGGAACAGAUGGAACAAGAUGGAGCUGUACAACCUAAAGAAGAAGUAGAUAAUAAUGCAUGUGUUGAAGUAAGUGUAGAGCUAGAUAAUGCAGAGAACAAAACAAAUGGUGAUUGCACUGAGAUAACUUUAAGUGAUGAUCAGUAUCAACUGUUAGAACAAAAAGGCUGGAUAUUGUUGGAAACAUCUGAUAAAAUAUAUUUACUGGAUACACUUGGACUACAUGACAUUACAGCAGAUAAAAAGUUAAUUGAAAAACUAAGACAUGAGAGUCAGAUAGAUUUAAAUGAAGAAACAAGCACAAAUAAAGGUGAAAAUGUGGAGGUAACUUAUGAAAAUUGCGAGGAAAAUUAUGAAACCACUGAAGUUGAAGAACAGACUGACUACAUUUUUGAGGAAGAAGUGGAACAUCAAGAAGAAACUGUUACACAUUUUAAUAGUAAAGAAGAAGAUAGUGACAAUGAUAAUGGUCACCUGUCAUCGAAACAUUUCCCGCAUGAUUAUGUAAAGCUGAACUCUGUUAGAGACACAUCAUACAGGAGAGAAGGUGAAGCUCUUAGGAUAAAAACUAAAUUUUCAUUUAAAGACAUUCCACCAGAAAUAGUGUUAGGCAGAACAGUGCAUGGAAAAAAGUUAGUUGCGAGUGUGAAAACAGAGAAACAAAACCUUAGAAGUGCGCUCACUAACAAAGCUGUGGGUGAAAAGUUCCAGAGAGUUUCCGAUGAGGAUUCUGUAGAACACCUAAAAAAUGACACAGGUCUAGAUGAUGCUAAGUUUGAUAGUUUGCUACAAGAAAAUCUGUGGAGUAAUGCUGAUAGAUGUUCCAAGAAGGACGUGACUGCCGCAGAGAUUGUUGUGGAACAACUGUUAAGGGUUCCAGCUUUUAAACCUACUAUUUUGGAAAGAAGAUUGCUUGUUACUAAGGUGGUGAUUGAAGAACACAAAACAAACCAAUUGUAUACAGAGACGGUGCCGACGUUAGUGACGGGCCGCGUCAUUAGAAACGAUAAUAAGUUGAAUUUUGUGUACAUACCAGAUUUAUUGCGACGAUCACUUAGAAAUGUUCAAGGUAGUAGAAAAGUCAAUGAAGACAACUACUUACACAUACACAUUCGUGAAAUGAAAGGAAUUGAUGGCAUCACUAGAAUUUCGAUUACACUAAACAAGCGAAAUAUUCCAUUGAAUUCUUUGGCCGACAAUGCAAGGAAUAAACAAAAUAUGGUUUUCGCGUGCAGCGCCUGCGCGGCCGUCUACAAGACGGAGGAAGGCCUUAAAUUACAUCAAGAGACUGAGUGUAUGGAAAUAGAUGAUCUUUUAACAAUUGAUGCGGAUAAUACAAGUAAUAGCUAUAGUGUAGUACAAACUGGUAAAGAUAAACAAUAUAUGUGUAAUCAAUGUCAUUCCAUAUUUACAAAGUUAAGCAAUUGCCAAAAACAUAUUAAAACUCAUUUUAAUCAAGAUAAUGUAACUGAUAGUGAAGAGACAGGAAAUAAAAAACCUGAGGGAAUUUUUAAGUGUAAAAUGUGUCCUGGUACAUAUUUGCAUGCUGCAACACUAUCAAAACAUAUUGUAACCAAACAUAUAAAGAUUAAAGCUAAA